UCUUGUGGGGUGUAUAUAGGCAUCCUAUCGCCAGUUGAUGGUGUGAGAGUUUAGCGCUGCUCUUUUACCACUUCAUCCUUCUGGGAUACUUUUACGUUGGCAGUCCUUUUGUAGGUGAUCUAUUGUUGUUUCUGAAGUGUAAGUUUCUUUGUACUUUUAGCUGGUAUAGCUACUGUGAUACUAAAAUUUCAUGAAAUUCAGAGGGGGUGUAUGUAACAGAGUAAGAAAAUCCCUGUGUUUUAAAUGAAUUUCAUAAAAUUAGACUCUUUAAUGUUCUAAAAUGGAGUUUUGGCGGCCCCUACUGGUAAGUGGUGAACUGCAGUUACGCUGUUUGAUCCUUCUGAGCCACCAUCCCUCAGCAGCAGUCUCUGAUUCUCUGUGCUGCGGGUAGGUGCUGAGCUCCGAGUUUUCUUAAUAAAUAAUAAUUAAAAACAUAUUUUAGGUUAAAAAUUGUGCUCUAACUAUGUUAAUAAAACAUAUUAAAACUUAUUUUCGCGAAGAAUUGAUUGUUUUAGGUCGUAGUUAACUGUUUAUGAGUCUAUUGCUCGCUCCUCUGUUAAAAGUUGGGUGAGAUUUACACGAGGCUCAGUUUUUCCCUCCAUUUUCUAUUCUUUGUUAAUGAGAGAUAUUUUUAUUUAUUUACCAGCUGGCAGUAACUGCAGUAGCCACUUCACCACGACAGAAGUAAAAAAUAUUUACGUGUUGUUUUCCAGCAGCAGUCUCUGAUUCUCUGUGCUGCGGCUGGCAGUAACUGCAGUAGCCACUUCACCACGACAGAAGUAAAAAAUAUUUACGUGUUGUUUUCCAGAAUAAAAGUGGAUGAAAGCAUGAACGAGGGUGUGCGUGUGCUGCUGUGCUAUUGGUGAGGGGUGUCGUGAAACAAGCUGGUUCUGCUGACGGGUCCGUCACACUGGUGCCGUGAAUCCGUCACACUAGCUCGUCGGUAAGCUCUGGGUUGGGCCUCCUUGGCCAUGUUCCUAAUCAGUGUGCCAUCUCUGCUUGCUCUGGGCCUGGCACCCCUCAUUUCACCGGCCAGACUCCGCACCUUCCUCUGCCCACUGGCUGCCAUGGCUGUGGGCACCCUCUGUGGAGAUGCCCUGAUGCACCUUCUGCCUCAUGGCAUCUCUGGUCCACACAACGACCACCGUGACGUGGUGCUGAAGGGUCUGAGCGUCCUGUUAGGGAUUUUCCUGCUCUUUGUAUUGGAGAGUAUAAUAGUAAUUAGACAACAAUACAAGAAGUCCAGGACGACAAGGCAGCAGGAAGAAGUGGUCCAGGAGCUGGGGACUCUGGCUGGUUCCUCUCCUCCUGACCAAACCAGCUCUGAUUCAGGUCACGGUCACGGUCCUGAUAGUGGAUCCUCAGGACUCGGCAGCGUGGCCUGGAUGUUGGUGAUGGGGGACGGGAUCCACAACCUGACGGAUGGGCUGGCUAUUGGUGUUGCGUUCUCUCAGAGCCUGACUGGAGGACUCAGCACCAGUAUUGCAGUCUUCUGCCAUGAGCUCCCUCACGAACUUGGUGACCUGGCGGUGCUGUUGGCUGCAGGCUGGUCUGUGCGCAGGCUGGCUUUGUUCAGUCUGCUCUCGGCUCUGCUGGGAUAUGUGGGGGUGCUGGGGGGAACAGCAAUGGGUCAACAUUGGGCUCAGCACUCCCCCUGGAUCCUCACCGUCACCGCCGGGGUCUUCCUCUAUUUAGCUCUGGCAGACAUGAUGCCGGAGAUGCUGCAUGAGAUCGUGGUCCUCUGGGUGCAGUGAAGCGUUUCCUCCUGCAGUGUGUGGGGCUGCUGGUAGGGGGAGCCAUUAUGUUGUGUAUCGCUCUGUCUGAGGAGGACAUCGCAGCGAGCAUUGGGGGCGGCUGAGGGGCUGAGGAACAGUACAGAGACUGGCAUCAUGCCCUCCUGACGUGAAAACAAUUAACGGUUACUGGAGUGUAAAUAAGUUUGAUUAAUUUAAUGACUAUUAAACAGACUGAUUAAAUUUUAAAUCAUACAAACCUUUGGUAGUUUUUAAAAUAAGUUACUUUUAUAUGUGUUCUUUUAUUCUCUCUCUUUUUUACUUUCAUAAAUUUAUUUAAUUUUUGUUCAAAUGUCAAGUAUCGUUUAAGUGCAUUUAUUUAACUGUUCCCUUUUAUCAUCAUUUUAGUUAAAGGAGAAAUCUGGUGUGAAAUGUUCUUGGGUUCUACUUCUUUUGUAUAUUGUAAUAUAUAUAUAAAACUUUUUA